AUGAUCUUCACACUCUCCUUGAUGAAGCUGGUUGGAAAAGACUUUCUAUUUAGAGCUGAGGAGUUGGAUGAGCUUCUAGUGAAACUUCUUCUACCAGGCCUCAACACUCUAGUGUCUGAAUUGAAAGAGGCACUGAGAUUUGUAGUGGAGCAAGGUGCAGAUGUCAAUGUCCUGUGCAAGAAAGGGAACAGGUAUUGGAGGCAUGAGAAUAAAAAAUAA